CUAGGAUUGUCGCCUUCUCCCUGUUGGCUUGGCGAUACGGGGGACUCCCUCCAGCCCCCCGAAACCGCCACCAUGAAUAAACUCUACAUCGGCAAUUUGAACGAGAGCGUCACCCCAGCAGACUUGGAGAAAGUGUUUGCGGAGCAUAAGAUCUCCUAUAGCGGCCAGUUCUUGGUCAAAUCCGGCUACGCCUUCGUGGACUGCCCCGACGAACACUGGGCUAUGAAAGCCAUCGAAACUUUUUCCGGGAAAGUGGAACUGCAGGGGAAAAGGCUGGAGAUUGAACACUCUGUCCCUAAAAAACAAAGGAGCCGCAAAAUUCAGAUCCGAAAUAUUCCACCCCAGCUUCGCUGGGAGGUGUUGGACAGCCUGCUGGCUCAGUAUGGCACAGUAGAGAGCUGUGAGCAAGUGAACACCGAGAGUGAGACUGCAGUGGUGAAUGUUACCUAUUCCAACCGGGAACAAACCAGGCAAGCCAUCAUGAAGUUGAAUGGCCACCAGCUGGAGAACCACUCAUUGAAAGUCUCCUACAUCCCUGAUGAGCAGAUGGCUCAGGGUCCUGAGAAUGGUCGCCGGGGUGGCUUUAAUUCCCGAGGUCAACCCCGCCAGGGCUCUCCUGUGGUGGCCGGUGCCCCCUCCAAACAACAGCCAGUGGAUAUUCCCCUGAGGCUCCUGGUGCCCACCCAGUAUGUGGGUGCCAUCAUUGGAAAGGAAGGAGCCACCAUCCGUAACAUUACUAAACAGACCCAGUCUAAAAUUGAUGUUCACCGAAAGGAGAAUGCUGGAGCAGCUGAGAAGGCCAUCAGCGUUCACUCUACUCCAGAAGGUUGCUCUUCUGCUUGCAAGAUGAUUCUGGAAAUCAUGCAGAAAGAAGCAAAAGAUACUAAGACAGCUGAUGAAGUCCCUCUGAAGAUCCUGGCCCACAAUAAUUUUGUGGGACGUCUCAUUGGCAAAGAAGGACGAAACCUGAAAAAAGUGGAACAGGACACGGAGACCAAAAUCACCAUUUCUUCGUUGCAGGACUUGACCCUUUACAACCCUGAGAGAACCAUCACGGUUAAGGGCUGUAUUGAUAAUUGCUGUAAAGCUGAGCAGGAGAUUAUGAAGAAAGUUCGUGAGGCCUAUGAGAAUGAUGUAGCAGCCAUGAGCCUACAAUCUCAUUUGAUCCCUGGCCUCAACUUGGCUGCUGUGGGCCUCUUCCCGGCCUCAUCCAGUGCUGUUCCUCCACCUCCAAGCAGUGUCUCAGGGGCUGCCCCCUAUAGCUCCUUCAUGCAGGCUCCAGAGCAGGAGAUGGUCCAGGUAUUCAUCCCUGCCCAGGCAGUGGGUGCCAUCAUUGGCAAGAAGGGCCAGCACAUUAAGCAGCUGUCAAGAUUCGCCAGCGCCUCCAUCAAGAUUGCUCCUCCAGACCCCGAUUCCAAAGUUCGGAUGGUCAUCAUCACUGGACCCCCAGAGGCUCAAUUUAAGGCUCAGGGAAGAAUCUAUGGAAAGCUCAAGGAAGAGAACUUCUUUGGUCCUAAGGAAGAGGUAAAACUGGAAACCCACAUCCGGGUGCCUGCAUCGGCAGCUGGCCGAGUCAUUGGCAAAGGUGGCAAAACUGUCAAUGAGCUGCAGAACUUGACUGCAGCUGAAGUGGUGGUGCCCAGAGAUCAGACUCCUGAUGAGAAUGAGCAAGUCAUUGUCAAGAUCAUUGGACACUUCUAUGCUAGCCAGAUGGCUCAGCGUAAGAUCCGAGACAUCCUUGCUCAGGUGAAGCAACAGCACCAGAAGGGACAGAGCAACCAGACUCAGGCACGGAGGAAAUAAUCUGCCUCCAACUCUAUUGGCCCAGGACGAAAAAAGUAGAAGUUAAAAGAGAGUGGCAAGCUUAAGAAUGAAUGGGAAUCAGGGAUACUCAAUCAAGUUAUCAGAUCAGAUUUUCCUACUCCUUAAAACAAAUGUUUUAGUAAGGAAGACCGAUUAUUCCAAAAGACCAAAUCAAUGGGCUCAACCCUAUGGUCUGCCCUCUCUCUGGGCAUUCCUCAUCCAAAUUAUAGUUCAGGGUCAAUUGCUUUUAAAUGUGGAUUAUGCUUAAGCUCUUGUUCUCCUAGACUGGGGAAAGAAAUAUGAAUGCCCCAUGUUGAGAACCAUAAUGGGACCUCUUGGAAAGGUCAAGUUUUGUCUUUGAAAAGAAUACCCCAAAACCCUCCCCCUCAUUUGAUGAAAGUAUUCCUUACCUCAUGCCUCAAUGGACUGUAUUUACUCAUGGUGGUUUCACCUUUCUUGCAAUGGGAAAAUGGUAACUGUUGAUGAAUGUGGACCAUAGCCAUAGGUAUUUCAAUAUUGCCCUAAAGGGGGAGCCCAUUAUCCUGGGGAAUAGAGUGUAAUAACCAUUCUUAUUCUUUAAAUGCAAUAGAAAGGGGAAAAGUUUGAAUUACAAUGAUCCACAUUUAAAAGAGUUCCUUGGGAUUAAUCUGAAGCAGAUGACUCUGGGGGAGAAAUUGACACGAUUUCCUUAGACCUUAUUAGGGUUUUCCCCCAUGAAGCUCCCCACCUACCACAUGGAUCCACACAUGUGGCACUGUGUCCAUGGCAGGGGGCUGGCUGCCAUCCCUGAUUCCCAUCACUCUCAGGCUGAUUUUAUAUUUUUAAAAGUCUGUUUUAAUAAUUGGAUGUGAGAACUGAGCAGCAGGUGACGAUAGUUCCCCAUUGGCAAAGCCUCAGCUCCAUUGAGGACCUGGGUAAUCCCAUGGUGCUCCCCAGCCCUGGCCCUUGUGGCUGGGAUGAGAUGAUAUCAAGUCUCUCCUAUGGUAUCAGGGGAACAGACAAAGCUGUGGGGAGCAUUGACUGGUCUUGGGAAAGCUCAUGGAAAAUGAGGAAUUGAGUAGUCCCUCUUCAGUCCUCUCUGAGGACGGGACUUUGACCUCUAUUUGCUGAGCUCCAUAGAAAUGUUAAGUCCAUUAACUAGCAAGUGCUCCUCAACAAUCAGCCCAUCAGAAAGGGAUGCUGCUGUUCCUAUUUUCUCCUGAUGGAUUAUUUGUGUAGCUGUAAGCUUGUGUCCUCCCUAGCUGCUGUUGGCCCCCCAAAAAAAGGUGCUAAAAAAAAGUUUAAAACCUAACACCCUUGGGAACCAAAGGGUUAAACAAAGAUAAACUCACUUUCCCAGGUUUAACAGACAUGGGUUUGGAAACACUGACAAGGCCAAAGGAAGGCAGUAGCUGACAGUUUCACUUAGAUCCAUCAUUACAUGGUGGUGGGAAUAACCAGCGUAGGUACCAUCUAAUUAGCUGAUUGUUGCUGGACACCAAGCCAGGUGAUGAACUUUGUGACACCCUGGAAAAUGCUGUCGCGUGUGUUGGGAAGAGAAGAAGGUCUGUGCAUGGGUGGGAAAGCCACAUGCAUGAAGUUACCUUCCUUCCCACCUUGCAACAAAACCCAAGAUGUGGGCGGAGUCAGGUGAUGCUGUGUGUGAUAGUAAAACUACCUCAAGGUAUGAAGUUACCUCAGCAAUUGUCCCCAACCACCCUUUUUUUCCUUUUUUUUGUUCCCUUUUUCCUUUUUUUUCUUUUUUUGGCUUGCUGAUAUUUUAUAUAAGAGAG